AUGACAAAGCUACUCAUUCCCGCUCUGAACUCCACAGCCGUCACGAUCUCCAUCUCAGUCUGGAGCUGCGAGGAUGCAGGUGGGAUCGCUCAGCCAAAGCAGCACCGCUGUGACGAACCUGAGAUAAUGAGAGUGAGCCGGUGGGUGGCGGAGCGGCUGAGGGCGGCCCGGAACCCACAAAAUCUGCCUCCACCUGAGCAAGAUCCGAGUACAGCUCCUAUUCUCCGUGAUUAUGGUGAUGGAGGAGGUGAGCUUACUAAUGACAGAAGAAGAAGGAUGGCAGUUGCCCCUCUGGUUGACAUUUUGCCCCAGAUACCAGAAAUGAAUCCGGUCCAGAGGAAGCAGCACUACAGGACAAACGAUGGCUCCUCAUUUAUUUACUACCCGUCCGGCUGCGUGGCGGUGUGCCAGAGUCGCUCCGGUCUGCCUCACGGAGGUUUCUACACCAACGUGUUCAGCGACGGCCAGCGUCCCGCCGUUCUUCUGACCAUCACGGCGUUUGGACACGGGGCAGUCACAGACGCCGUCAGCUCCACCAUCUCGGCCGUGUGGGAUCAGGACGGAGGAUUCAGGUUCGACAAUUACGGAAACACGACGGAGGAGUGGAGCUGGCCGACAUAUCGCCCACUGAGGAGAAAUAUUAUGAUGCAGGUCUCAGAGGAGAUCUCAGUGAAGCUGUUCAGUGGGAAGUCUGGUGUGCUCAGCUUCAGAUGUGAAGAGGAGCGUGUUCACCUUCCUCUUCGUUUUGUCACUAGGAAGAAAAUGCCCUGUUUACAGGCGGAAAACAAAUUCAGCUCAGGUGCUGCUCAGGAGCUUCGUCUGCUAAAGGAGCAAAAAAGUCCUGCUGGCGUCUCAGAGAACAAAAUGAGCCUGAGGGAAACACCUGCGGUCAGUGAGGAGGAGAAGCAGGUGAAGCCGUCUGCUCUGUGGAGAAGACGGAGAAACGCCGUGCGGGAGCUGCAGGGGCUACAGCAGAGAGUACGGGAUGCUGCGGAGGGCUGGUUGGAUUAUUAUCGCGUUGCUGUCGGUAUCAAGUGUCCUGACGCGGAGCGACUGCCAGGGGCCCCGCCGCGGGCCCGGCCGAGACGAGCGCCGCAGUCGGCUGCUCUACCCUCCCCAAACUCACCCAAAAGCGCAGCGGCUGCGCCGCGGCGUUCUGGGAGAAGCAGGAGGGAUGAGCUCAGAGAGAGUCACGGACGCCACUCAGCAUCAGCAGAGAAACGUCAGGACCGCCUCGUCCAGAUGCAGAGGAGACCAAAGGAAAGCAGAAAGGAGCCUCCUGUCACACAAAUCGGACCCCUUCGAAUCCAUGGCAACAUCGAACCAGGGUCAGUGACUCUCUCCCGCAGCAUUGAGCCUGAAACUCCUCCUGCUAGCUGUGGUGCAGACGGGGGGCCCGCUGCUCCCUCCGUCCCUCUCGCAACGUGCCCCGCUCUGCUGAGAGCUGCCCUGCGGGGGGAGGAGCGGCAGAGGAGGUGCUGCUGCAGUGCAACACUGAUGCCAGUGGUCACCGACCUGGAGUAUGAUGCUUUCAUUAUGGGCCAACCUCUCGACAGCAAACAGAUGCUGGUGGUGUGUGUCACCACACCUCAGCAGCCGCUUAACACACACACAGCAGGCCGGUGGGCUGAUGUGGAGGAUCUCUACAGGAGGAGGAACGAGCAGAGGACCAUGCCAUGCACCCAGUGCCAGAUGGACUCUUUUCGCCUGGUCAGGUACGAGAUGUCAGACGGGACGGCGGGCUGUGGGCCGGAGAACGUUCUGCUGCUGCAGCAGCGACACGGUGCCGCUCCUGGGAUGUUCCUGAUGUACCUCAAGGGGAAGCUGCUGUUUCUGGGCUACAUACUCAGAGGUGAUAGUUGCUCUGCUGUGGAUCUUCAAAGGCAAAUCUGCAGGAGCAGGAGGGACUCCAGACUGGGUUUGAGUCUCCCUGCGGACCACAAGUUCAGUGAUGUGGUAAAAACUCCUGCAGCCACAGAAGCAUAGAUUGCGUCAGAACAGCAGGAUGUGACUCCAAGACGGCUGUUUCUGAGGAAGAAGGAAGAAGUAACUUUGCAACAUACAUGAUUUCAUCUACUGCUCAUUUCUGUUAUUGAAUGUCACUAAUUGGACAUGUUACGCAAAUAUCUUUUCCCUCUAAAACACUCUAUUUUGGUUUUUGCUAAUGCUGAUUUAAAAGUGCUUCCAAGAUAUUUCUGUACUUCAGAGUAAAACAUGAUUACAUUAGUUCUGCUAGGUUUUGACUGCUUAAUUUUACUCAAGAAACUACUAAAUAUUAGUAUUAUUCAAAUAAAGGCAAAAACUCUGGUUUAGUAAAUCCAUCCGUCCAUCCAUUUUUGUCCGCUUAUCCUGUGGUGGUGUAGUAAAACUAAACCUAAAAGUAUUUUUAUUCCUAACAGGCACACAAGCAAAUGUAACUAGUUUCUUCCUCAUUAUUGACUAUUUAACAGAUUUAAAGCUUCAAAAAUUGUUCAAUAUGCUUAUACUGUUAUUUUUUUCAGUUCAUUCACUGUUUUUUUCCUACACAAUAUGUGGAUAUAUAAUAAAGGUGUGAUAUUACUGUGUUCUCUCUCUUUUUUCUUUUUUUAAGCAAGAAAAAUGUAAAUUAAUGAGCCAUCCCAAUAAUAACACCCUGUUGUUCCCCUCUGUGUUCGACAUGUAUGCUCCACAGAA